GUGUUUGGAAGUCCGUGGAGUUGUUACUUUGCUUCCAAAUUUUAUUUCCUAGUUUGAAUUAUCCAAUCGGACGCGGGUACGUGACCAAAAUUCUCGGUUUGUAAUUUUCAGUACAGGCUUUCUGGGGUCUUGCAGAAUAUAUUGGCAACAGGCCAGACGUGUCUCAUCAGGUGAUGGACAUAUCUGUUGAUUGAGCCUUUUCUUUUACCUGCUGAGGAUCCUAUUCUCGAAAUUAAAGUGGUUUUCGAUUACAUCGAAUGAUUUGUCGGAUGUGGCCUCGCGCGCUCGAAGUUCUCUCUUCAUUCUGCUGCGGACGUUCGUGAAGCUAGGCUGUUGUUGAGUGGAGGUCCACAGCUAUCACUGUAAACGUUUAAAUCGACCUGAGGCUUCUUCUGCAACUGCUAUAAAAAUAUUAGGGAGACUUUUUCAGAGUUGAGAUCGCAGUCGCAAUUUUCCUGCGCUUCGAGAAAAGACUUCGCUUUCUUCUCCAGGUUUGGGAUUUGCAGAGUACCAAAGCUCCGAACGGUAUGAAAAUCGUAUUGUUCGCGGAUUUUAUGUCUAGCAGUCAUGGCCUAAACCAAGCGCAGUACAUGUUGAAACAACUUUGCAACGAAGGACAUCAAAUAACUUUAUUUGAAUGUGCAAAUGUCAGUGUGCCUUUGCUGAUGUAUGAAGACACUCAAGCCUGCUUGUGCCAAACUUAUGAGGAGCCAUUGAAAGUAUUAGAGAGGAAAGUUGCUGAGGCAGAUGCCUUUCUUCUGGUAACAGACAGACCAGGAUUUCAGAUUCCAUCUUCACUUGCAACAGUCAAACAUCGCUUUACAGGGAACAACUUCACGUGGAGACCUUAUGGAGUACAAUGUGUGCUUCUUGGAGGCUCUGUUCACAGUCGCAAAGUUGCAAUGAGAUUACGAGUCCUUCUUGAAGGUUCUGACUACCCUUACAUGUCUGGGGUGCUUCCUCGGAGAUGUUCUUGGACACAGAUGUACGCAGUGGACCCAAGUCUUGAAACACCUGGACCUUGUGUACUAUAAGACUUUGCCAAAUCUAAUACUCUCUUAGCUUGUUGAUACUUAUUUUCUUCUAUGUUCAUAAGCUUAGACUUGUGCUUGUGCACUGAAAAUGUCCCAAGCUCAGAAAGUUACAAGCAUUCAAGCUUAGUUUCUUCUUCAUUCGUACCUUUUGUUUUUUUUUUUGUUACUGUUACUUAAAUAUUCUUAAAAUGAAACAAAAAUUGAAGAAAAAAUCAGAAAAAAGAUGUAAAAAGACCACAGUAUCAAGUUUUGGGUAUUGUAAAUUAUGUCUGACUCUACCAUAUUGGUAAUAAUGUAAAAUAGAGAGUUUUAUUGCAAAUUGUAAAUAAAGGGAUUAACUUUUAUAUUGCAA